UAACUUUAUUUACCUAUGACCAAGUUUUUUAUCAUAAAACCCCGCUACAUAUGUAUUACUUAAAAUUCAAAGUACACGCAGGUCGUGCAUACACUAUAUGUCUUAUUUAAUAAUUAAGCAAGGAAUUUAAUUUUUCGAUUGACUUAUAUAAUUUUUUAACAUUGUGAUCUCUCGCCACUGACGUGGACAACUUUCGUGGCCAGUAAUGUAACAUACGAUUUACCAAACUCACAAAGGCGUACAAAUUUAUAGAAAUAUUGAGUUUAACAUACGAUACCUUUUAGAUAAAAUAUAUACUAGUCUAAACGUAUUUCCAUCCUUGACAUUAUCCCAACGUGCACUCUCAAAUAGAAGAAAUAAUCAACCCACCUUAAAUUAAUGGAUAUUCCAUGCAUUGUUGUGGGAAGACAGUUCUACGAAUAAAAAUAAUGAAAAAUAAAAUUAAUGUAUUAUACGAGCAUGCAAAAAUCCUGAGAUUAUCCUUAGGCAUUGGCUGCAGACUGUGAUGUAGGAGGUGAAGAGAACUAUAAAGAUCUAUUCCGGAGUGGGAAUUACUGGGCUAUGUCGAAAGUUGUACAGCCCUGAACUGCUUGCCGAUGAAUGUCCAGUGAACAUUGGGCGCGUUACGUUCUCAGUCUGGAACGGACUCACCAUCUGAUCAGAUCAGGUGAAAUAUAAAUCUGAGUUGUACUAUAGUAUAGAAAAUUUUCUAUCAACAGUCCACAAAAGACUGAGGAUUUUAUCAGAUCAAGCGACCUGUUUUGCGAAGUGCAUUCAUUUUUUGGAUAUUUCAUAACGUUGGGAACUUUCGAGAGGUAAUAUUAUAAAUUUUACAACGAAAAUCAAACCUGUGAUCCGGUAAUUGUUUUCCGGCAAUAUGACAGAAACGAGCAUGGAGGAUCUACCAGACAGAGUAGCAGAGGCUUUCAAGGGUCGUGAGAUUCUGCUCACCGGUGGCACAGGUUUUUUAGGGAAAGUAAUGGUCGAAAGAUUUUUACGAACUAUGCCUGACGUUGGAAAAAUCUACAUACUCGUCAGACCAAAGAAAGGAAAAGAUCCCAAGUAUCGUCUGGAAGAAAUCUUCAAUUCUCCCCUUUUCGAGAAAGUGAGAAAUCUCAGAGGAUUACCUGAAAUACACAAAAAGAUUGUUGCCGUAACUGGUGAUGUAUCAUUACCAGGAUUGGGACUCUCGUCAGAUGACCGAAAGAUGCUUUGUAAUACGAUUAAUAUCGUGUAUCAUGCUGCAGCAACAGUAAGAUUUGAUGAGCUACUUAAAAGAGCUGUCAUACUGAAUACUCGUGGUACCAAGCAAAUGUUGGAUCUUGCAAAAGAAAUGAAGCAUCUUAUUUUGUUCGCUCAUAUCAGUACCGCGUAUUGUCAUCUUGAGGAGAAGGUUUUGAGUGAAAAACCAUAUCCACCACCGUCGGACCCCCAUAAACUAAUCAAGUGUGUAGAAUGGAUGGAGGACGAAGUAGUUGAAGCUAUGACAGAUAAAAUAUUGGGUGAUUUGCCAAACACCUAUGCCUUCACUAAAGCAUUAUCUGAAAGUCUUGUCGAAGAGGCGAUGCCUCAUAUCCCAGCUAUUAUCUUACGACCCAGUAUAAUAAUUCCAAUAUGGAAGGAGCCAUUGCCUGGUUGGACUGAUAAUAUUAAUGGACCAACUGGGCUAUUAAUUGGUGCUGGUAAAGGUGUUAUCAGGACUAUGUACUGUAAUCAAAAUGGUUAUGCAGAUUAUCUACCUGUAGACAUUGCAGUGAAUGCUAUCCUAGCUUGUUCUUGGAACUAUAUUUACCUGAAAGAUCAUGAGAAACGAGUAUAUAACCUCACAAGCAGCACUGAAUUUAAGGUAUCAUGGGCUGAGAUAAUUGAGAGGGGACGUAGAGUCACCGAGAAAGUACCUUUGAACGGUGUUGUUUGGUACCCAGGUGGUAGUAUGAAGAGGUCCAGACUCUUGCACAAUAUUUGUGUUUUGUUUUUCCAUAUGAUUCCGGCCUACCUCAUUGACUCGCUUAUAUUUUUAGCAGGGCAUAAGCCUAUUAUGUGUCGGGUGCAUCGACGCAUUCAGAAAGGGUUCGAAGUCUUCGAAUACUAUGCCAAUAAUCAAUGGGACUUUGAUAAUUCAAAUAUUACUCAACUUAGAGAGAAGUUUAAUGCCAAAGAGAAGAUCUUGUACCAAUUGCAUGGUGAUGAUAUGGAUCUGGACGCUUACUUUGAGGCUUGCAUUAGAGCUGCGAGAAUUUAUGUCUUGAACGAGCCACCGGAGACGCUACCUGCGGCACGUCGUCACAUGAAAGUUAUGUAUUGGGUGGAUGUCAUUACAAAGAUUCUUUUCGUUGUCCUGAUUAUAUAUACAUUGUUUUCAUGGAGCGAGAGUUUUCGAGCUUUGCUUAUAGGCGGCUAAAAAUUCGUACUCAGUUUACUAUCCAUUUGUUAUUACUAGUUUUAUAUUUUUCAAUACGAUUUGUAUUGUAUUUUGACCAAAUAAAACCUUACUACUUUAA